CCAUGGCUACAGGGGUGAUGGGAAGAAUCAUCGUCCUGAUGGUUUUCUUCUUUGUGCGUCUUUAGACUUUAAAGAAGUCUUUGAGCUCUUCGACAGAACUCCCAAGGGAGAAUUGAAGAUCACAUAUGCGCAGUGUGGAGACGUCUUGAGGGCAUGUGGCCAGAAUCCCACCCAGGCGGAAGUCCUCAAGGUCCUUGGACGACCCAAGCCAGAUGAAAUGAACACCAAGAUGAUCGACUUUGACACCUUCCUGCCUAUGCUUCAGCACAUUGCCAAGACCAAAGAUACGGGGACCUAUGAGGACUUUGUGGAAGGCCUGCGUGUUUUUGACAAGGAAGGGAAUGGCACCGUCAUGGGAGCCGAGCUCCGCCACGUUCUAGCGACUCUUGGAGAAAGACUGACCGAGGAGGAAGUUGAUAAGUUAAUGGCUGGCCAGGAAGAUUCCAACGGUUGCAUCAAUUAUGAAG